ACAACAGGAGGAAACCCAAAACUGUGUGGUGUGUGGUAGGCGCUUGAUUUGACUCUUAAACGCAUGGCAUGGACUGACAUGAGAUUUCUGUAACGGACUUUGACCUGUGGCACUGUUCGAACUCGUUGACUCUUGAGGUGAAUCGGCUGAUUGUCAUGCAUGGAGACCAUCAAAAAGGCGGUGAAGUUAACGUGAAAGCGCAAGAUCUCGCGGCCAUGAAUCCAUCCUCGAGCUCGCCCGAUUCUAACGCGGAGCCAUACUUCUCCGUGACGGUCGACGAACGUCCUCCUACCUCACCUCGACCUUGCCCAUUCGCCGGCGGCGACAACCUGGCCCUUCCGUCGCCCGUCCUGCACCCCUGCUCUUUAUCAUCGUCCCCACUCUCCGACAACGACGCCCCAAACCUGGAAUGCUGGGUAUGCUACAGCCACUACAACAACGUCUUCCGUUGCCCUAAGAUGCUGGAGUGCAAGCACACAUUCUGCCUGGAGUGUUUGGCCCGUAUCAACGUCAAGUCUGCGCGACCCGCCGCCAUCCGCUGCCCGCUGUGCCGUCACGUGACUAUGCUGCCUGCCUCGGGCCUGACCAAGCUGGCCACCGACGCCCAAGUGUUGGCGUCCCUGCCGGCCGCAAUGCAACGUGCCUACAGUGUACGAUUCCAUCGCGGCAAGGGAAAGUUGCAAAUCAAGAGGGUAACUGAAGGUCAGGUGGAGUUUGGCGAAAGUUCUCUGAACAUUAGUCUCCCCGACGUUCCACUCCAGAACAAUGGCGCAUUGGGCGGCGCGGGCGAGGCCUUGUUCAGGCUGACGGGCCGGCCUGUGUGUCAAGCGUUGCUCCUCACGGUGGUGCUCCUCAUGAGCGUCGUGCUCGCCGGCAUAAUCUUUCUCCUGACCUUUGACUUCAACAAAUUCUAGAGGUGGUCUCCAAAGCGACUGGGAUGACGAGUAACUUGUUCCUAUGGAGACCAAAAUGCCCUCCGUCCAGGAUGCCAAUGGUACAAAAUGGCAUAUAUUUAAAAAUGUACUUAUAAAAGCGAGGGAUGAUGUAAGUGGUGAGCUGACCACCGCUGAUUUUUGCCUUCACUGCAGCGGUGAUAUUUAAUAUGCAAUUUAAAGUAUUGUUUUGUCAAUUACUAUUUUAGACUUUUACUGAAGAACAAACUCUUAAUAUGUAAUAUUUUUACCUGUUUCAACUUUAAUAAAUGUCUUUUGAAUGA